CGUCCCAACAUCUGCUCGGAGAUGAAUGUUAUCGUCCCGUCCCAACAUCUGCUUGAAUAUUGCGUCACCAGAUAACUAAAACCAAGAUGGCGGAAGAGAACCUAAAAAUUCAGGAGGUCUUCGCCGGAAAAGACGGACCGUCGGUCCUGACAGGGGUUCGGCGGAUCUUCUACCUCGUCACUCCCAACGAAACGUCGUUCCGAACAGUGGAGGAGGUUCCCAAAUAUGUGGCACAGGCAUCACCGUUCUUUUUUGGCAUGAUCUUUCUGGAGUUGUUUGUGGCCUCUCUGAAGAACAAGCAGACGCCCACCCGCCUCAAUGACUCAAUAAGCUCCAUGUCGGCAGGAAUGCUCCAGCAAAUGUCUCAAUUGUUUUCCAAGGGUGUUUACCUGAUGGUGUACAUCUGGGUGUAUGAGAACUACAGGCUGGUGGACCUACCCUGGGACUCUCCCAUCACCUGGUGGACUGCCUUCAUACUGGUGGAGUUUGGCUACUACUGGUUACAUCGGAUGUCACAUGAAGUGAACAUCCUGUGGGCAGCACAUCAGGUUCAUCACAGUUCAGAAGACUACAACCUGACAACAGCACUCAGACAGUCCACCACGCAGCUAGUCGGCACUUUCUGGUUCUCCUAUCUCCCAUUGGCUUUUCUGGUUCCCCCAGCGGCCUUCUCCGCUCACAAACAGUUCAACUUGUUAUAUCAGUUCUGGAUCCAUACUGAGCUGGUGACGUCUCUAGGGCCCCUGGAGUACAUACUGAACACUCCCAGUCACCACAGGGUACACCAUGGAAGGAACAGAUACUGUAUUGACAAGAACUAUGGCGGCACUCUGAUCAUCUUUGACAGGAUAUUUGGUACGUUUGCAAAGGAAGAAGAGAAGGUUGUGUAUGGUCUGACGCACCCACUCAACACAUGGGACCCUAUCUGGGUGCAGGUUUGCCACUACGCCCAUAUCUGGAACACAUUCUGGGCGACUCCAGGCCUGACCAACAAACUGUCGGUACUGUGGAAGGGACCGGGCUGGGCACCAGGGAAACCUCGCCUGGGCUGUAUCGAGGACAUCCCUAAGGUGAAGUAUCCAGAACCAAUGUAUGACAGCAAGGUAUCCAGCCUUUGGUCCGUCUACGUGGCUGUACAUUUUUUCCUGGCCAUGGUUUUGUACCAGGAACUGUUUGCUGUUGUUAAGUGUCUCUAA